AGAUAUGCAAUGAAAGAUAGUCUGGCAGAAAAACAAAAUUAUAAUAAAUUUAAAUAAGAAACUCGAAUUCUCUACGGACACACAUAUUAAUUCAAUCUUAUUUUACUUCGACUAAUUGUAGCCAGAUACGAUAUAUGCAAAUACUUUUAUUGCGCUCGUUUUCGGACAUAUACUGUUUCGAUCUAUAUUCAUAUUAUUUUAAAUAAUUUUUUGCAUAACAUAAUAAAAUUGGACAGUUUUCAGUAUAAACAGCAAAAGAUAUAAACAUUCAAAAUAAAAAUGGCGGAAAAUGCUCCAGCCUCAGUAGAUGUGCAGGAAAUACAAUUUAAACUACACAGCAAGCUUACUGCCUUUAAAAACACUCAAAAUAAUUUAAAAAGUGUUAUUGGUUUGUUAGCUGUCGCUUCAAACAAGGGCUUAAUGUUUAUCGGGAAUCCUAAUUCGAAAGAAUUUAAAGUUUUGCAAUUGAAGGAUCUUUCCGACGAAAAAUCUAAGGAUGUGAAAGUUCGAAUUGUACCUUUAAGCGAUAAACCUCUGGCGUUAGCUUGCAAUUGCGAUGGUUCCAUGUUAGCAGUCAGCUACGUUUUAAAUAACACUGGCUUCCUGCAAAUAUUUCAGGUGGAAAGCUUCCUAAAUUUAAAUAUUGCUACUCUUUAUAAUCUACCCAUUGCUCCUCAGUUCAAUAUUUUUUCAACGCAGCUGCUUUGGAAUCCAGUUUUAAACAACAAUAUUGCCUUAAUUUUGAGCGAUGGUUCAGUGGACAUGUUCACUUUGAAUUCAGGCGGCCAAUAUGAUAAAGUUACUCUAGGUAAAGAACAUCAGGUUAUGUCGGGGUGUUGGUCACCUAAAGGAAAACAAAUUGUUUUUGGUUUCCCUGAAGGGAAACUGCAGCAAUUUAAACCUAACUUAACUCCGGCUCGGGUAAUAAAUUGUCCGCAAGGCUUAUAUGCAACACCCUUUGAUGUUAUAGCUGUUCAUUGGUUGUCUACCUUUCAAUUUGCUGCUGUAUUUUUACAGAAGGGAGAAGACAUGUCACCUUCUCUAUUUAUUAUAAAUGCGCCGAAAGUGGGUAAAACCAUAUUUAUCAACUAUUAUGAUAUUUGCUAUAGUGGUCCCGGGCCUCGCGUGCAACAAUUUACCUUUACUCACAUACAACUUUGGAAUCUGUUAUUAGUAACCUCUGCCAACGGUGUUGAAGUAGGUCUAUUAGGUACCAAAGACUCGGGAGAGAAUCCUGCUUGGCUACAAUAUGCAUUAUUGGAUGAAGCCCGAAUUGAACUACCAUUAAGCGAGACGAAAGAUGAAACUUACCCUAUGGGUUUUGCCUUCGAUACAUCAACAUCGCAUCAGUUGGUAAUUGGGGAAAAAAAAUUGAGUACAAUGCCGAUGAUUCAUGUUUUAUCUACACAUGGUCAUUUAAUAUCAUUUAAUUUUUUAAACUUGAGUGAAGGGGCUGUUAAUUUAUGUUCUCCGCCUCCGCCUUGCACGGACUUGUCGGGAAAAUUCAAGCCACUGGAAGAAACCAUAGAAGCUAAUGAUAUGAAAACUACAAACAAUCUCGAAGCGACUGCAGCAAUACCUACAAUAGGAAAAGGGCUUGAUGAUACGACAUUUGUUGUAGGUUCGAACGUAAUCACUUCUACACCGGCACUGAAAGAGAAGCCGUUGCCUUUAUUUGCCAACAAUUCUAACUCCGCUCAAAUAAGUACAGCUAAGCCGAGCUCAGGCUUUAACGUAGGUAACAACAAACCCACAAGUUUCUUUACACCCAGCAUCUUUCCCACGCAUUCUCCAGAGAACAUUACAUCUGGUGAUACAGUAGGAUUCGUAGGGCUUGGUAAUCAAACAGUGACAAGCAACAAUUUAACAUAUGAAGUAAAAUCACCCUUGAACGGUACAGGUUUCACUCAACAAAACACUUAUUCAACUGCACCUAAAGGCAAUGACGCUUACAAAGCUUUGUAUACUGUGCCACCUACGUUUACACCGCCAUUACCAUCACAGCAAUCGCAGAAGCAGGACAAUCCUUCAAAAACUAAAGGGCCUACUGGCGAUGAGAGUAUACCCUCAGAUACUUCCGCAGUAGACGAGUUCGUAAAACAAAUGAUUUGUGUGCAAAUCGAAGCAUUUGAGAAUGAAUUAAAAGAAUUCCGACAACAAACUUUUUCUAUGUUAACCAAUAUAGGAAAGACCAAUGAAAUGAAACCUUGCUGUAAAAAAUUAAAUGAUUUGAGCGUGAUUAUCAAGCAAGCCAAUGAUGGGGCACUUGAAGAAGAAAUUAUGAAUUUGAGACAAGAAAUGAAUGAAGUUUAUGCUAUAUUAAAAGAAUAUCGAACAAGAUUGGACCUAUACAAUAAUCCAGACUUAUCUCGCCUAACCAUAACAACUAUUGCCGACCCCGCUAAUCAGCGUCAACUUGCCAAAGUGCGCAAAGAUGUCGAUUUUAAUGCAGUUAAAUUAAAUCAGUUGCAACAACUGCUGGAGGACCAAUGGGCUGAGCAUCAGGAUAUCGUGCGGCGAAAUAGUAAACAUCAGAUCCAUAUGCCUUAUUUGGACGGUAUCUAUCAAAAAAUGUCGCUGAUUAAAGAUCUCUUAUCCAGACAGCGUUCCAAACUAGACCACGUUAAAACUAAAAUGAGAGAAAAAGGCUUGUAUUAUAAGCCGGCAACGAGUGUCUCAAAUAGAGAUACAAUCACUAUGGAGUCAUUAGCUGAUUCUAUAUUAUCCCUGAGCCUCUCACAGACCGUACAACAUGCUCAUUCCAAACUGUCAGCUGAGAAGUUACAGGCUAUACGUUCUUUUACCAAACAAUUAAAACGCGUUCAAGUAAUUAAGCCGCAACGUCCAUGUCGCAAAGGCCUGAAAUCUGAAGUCAUAAUGGAGUCUAAAUUACAAACUGAACAGAAACAAAAAGAGCUACCGAAAGUGACCGCGGCCAAGUUGGGCAAUGAAUCGGCGUUACCAUCGAUUGUUAUGAGAACUUCGGCUAAUGCACCAGCACAAGUUAACCCACAAAUUCAAUCAAUUCCGCCAAUGCCACCACAACCGCUAGUAAUUUCGCAAAGCAUGUUAGCUAAACCACAGGCCUCUAAGCCCAUCGCGAUUAAUUUAAACACUUUCAGUGUGGCUCCAACCGCAGCUGUUGCCUGUAAUUUAAAUUUUAGCAGUAGCAGUUCAUUUGUAAAAACCAGCAACAUUAUUACGUCCACUACGAAUAAUAAUACUCCAAAGCUUUUAACAAAUUCGACAGCUUUUACAGGUUACGGUUCGGGGGUGACCGCAGGCGGUUGCAAUAGCAACUAUCCAAAAUCAGAAAUAAAGGAGGCUCCUCAUUUUAGCGCGACAGCAACCCCAGUUUCUUUCAACGCCAAAGUACUGCAGAGUAACGAAUCGAAGCAGAAAUCUAAUAUGAACACGUUUAUAAAACCGGCCUUUUCGACUGAUAUAACUAACAAUCAAAAUUCGAAACUUCUUCAUCCUACUAUAUCGUUAAGCAGCGGAAAGGAUUCUAAAAAUGUAGAAGAUUUGGACGAAGCGUCUGCACCGACAUUUAAGGGCUUUACUUUAUCUAAGUCGACAGCUACAACAAGUGUGUGCGUGUCUUCUUCUGUUGCGGUUAACAGCUCAACUUUCAGUUUCGACGGUUUUGGUUCGUCGCCAAUGGCAAAUACGUCUUUUGCUAACUUUACCUCAUCAGCUUCCGCAUUUGGCGGUUCAAGCUCUGUUUUUGAUACUGCUCCUGUUGGCUCAAUAUCUGCAACAAACACUGCUGUGAGCACAGCGACGGCAACCAGCAAAGCUGUAAUAUCUUGCCCUGCUGCUUCAAAUGUUGUGUCAGUGUCUGAACACAUAUUAGAACCUAUUGUUACAACUGCUGCUGAUAAAGAGAAAACUUCCAUUGACUUUAUACCCAAUUCAACUACACCAGGAAGUUUCAACUUCGCGAAUCUUAAUUUGGCUAAUACAUCCAUAACUAUAUCUAAGCCAUGUUCCGUUCCAAAUGUCACUCCAUCGACUACGUCUGUAGAGCCGAAGAUGGCAGCGACCCCUCCAGUGAUCGCUUCAAUUUCUCCUAAUUAUACUGCUACAGAUUCUCUACUUAGUUCUUUAAAUGUUUGUAAGCCCUCAUCCAAAGAAAAAGGAGGAGAAGUGCCUGAAUCUCCCAAUAAUGUAUUCUCGAGAUUUGAUAAUGUAGCUGUCGAAGCGCCGCAGUUUUCUUUUGCUUUUGCAAGUGGAGGAGGAGAUAGCUCUAAAUCUUUCUUUUCUCCUGCCAACAACAGUGGCGGGCAAUCGAGCGCGGGUGCUAUUAGUAACUUCACUUUUUCAACCACAAAUACUUUCGGAAAAUCCACAAUUACGGCCUCAACUACGACGAGUUCGCAAGCAAGUCCAGCAACAAAAACAAUAGCUACUACCUCAGCUGCGUCGGGCAUUGUUACAAGCAGUCCAAACACUUCAAUUUCUGCAGCGAGCUCUUUCACUUUUGUCGAUUCGACACCCCCUGGGACCGCAACAACUUCAAUGUUUGGAGCUUUAAACUUAACCUCCUCAACGACAUCGGCGCCUGCAGCAAGUACUGCUAACAACACGACUGCGCCGUUGACAUUAAGUCCUGCUGCCAAUUCUAAUAUAUUCGGUGGGACAGGAGCGGGAACACAAGCUUUAUUUGCCGGUUCUGCUUCUACAGUAGCCACUAGCACAUCAACCAGUUCCAUAUUUUCAGCAGUUUCUUCAUCUACUUCUAUUUUCGGUGGAACAUCAUCAAGUCCAUCUGCCGCUAGUGGAGGCAAUAUAUUUAGCGGAAUCCCUAAACCAGAUCAAUCCUUAUUUACUGGCAAUACUAUAUCAGCAACUGGUAGCGCUGGACUGUUUGCGGGAGCAACUGUUUCCGCUUCGCUUCCCGCAGCUGCGUCAGGUAAUAUUUUCAGUAAGUCAGCAGCGGCAGGCGGCGAUGCUGGAUUUGUUUCCCCUUCAUCAGCGGUAGGAGGUUCAAUAUUUGGUAGCUCAGCUUCAUCUAAUCCUUUUGGUUCUUCGCCUGUUGUUGCGGCUUCUACUACUGCUUCUAUAUUCGGUGGCGGCAGCACUGUUACUAAACAAGCGGAAGUCACGAGCAUAUUCGGUUCUUCCACUCAACAAGCAGUUUCAAGUGGUGGCUCGAUUUUUGGAAAAAGCGCUUUUGGCCAAACGACUGCGCAAUCUCCGACGAAUAUGUUUGGAGGAGGUGCGUCGCAAACGGCGCCUUCUUCCGGUUUCGGUAGCUCUUCCAUCUUUGGUAGUUCAACCAACAACGCAGUGUCAGGAGGUUCUUUAUUCGGCACUGCAGGAAGUUCGACACCAGCUUUUGGCACAGGGAAUGCAGCUUCACCAGGUUUUGGUGCCUUUGGAGCAAACCAGUCGCCCGCAACGUUUGGUGCAAGUUUUGCACAAGGCGGCACAUCAGUAUCUCAAAGCGGUUUCGGCUCGUCACCACAACAGCAACAACAGUCUGCCUUUGCUAAGCCCUUAUUCGGAGCACCGCCUGCUUUUGGUAGCCCUAAUGCUCCUUUCACGGGUUCGCCUACAUUUGGUGGUGCACCUACAUUUGGCAGUCCUAAAGCCUUUGGAUCAUUUUCCUCAACUUCACCCACGACGGCAGCAGCAUUUGGUAACUCUCCACCUGUAGCGCCGAAAGGCAACAUAUUCGAUACUUUGGGUUCUACUGAGGCAGGUUUAUCAUUUGGUAAUUUGGCGCAAUCGACACAGCAGCAAGCGCAAUCAAAGCCCACUUUCGGAGGUUCCUCUUUUAUGAAUUAUCGUUCUUAAAUUUAUCAAAGAUUCAGUCCAGCGCAACAAAAUUUAUUAUAAGAUUCGUGUUUAUUUCUCCUUUGAUUAAGAGAAAAAGUUGCCA